GUUGAGAUCUUUCAUUUGAGUUGUUAUUGCGGUUGUGUGUUUGAUUUUUAUGCAGUUCAAUUGAUUUUUACUUGUUUCGUUGUGCAAUAAGAUCGAACUAUAAGUUUUACAGUUCAGGAGAGUGAAUUGGCUUCCGUAACUUUCUCAAGAAUUGCAUGAGUGGAACUCAUAGUGCAUUAGUUUUCAAUAUAUUCUUCAAGUAUAACUGAAACAUGGACUCUCUGAUCUUCGGAUAUUUUUACAGACAUGCUGGUCAUGAUCAUGGACACGACGAUCAUGACCACGAUCAUGAUCAUGAUCGCCCAAAAGGCUCCACUAUGAUACCAAAAAUUAUAACGAUGCUUAUUCUGGGACUUAUGUCGUUUUUCUGGUCGAUCGUUCCACUUAUUGUCAAGCUGCAACAAAAACGAAAGACGUACAAGAGUGAAGAAGAGAAGAUAAGAGCGAAGAACUUCGAAGAGCGCACAGUGUCUCUGCUAAUGUCGUUUGCUGGAGGUGUUCUUUUUUGUACUAUAUUUAUACACGUGCUUCCUGAAGUGGAAGAGAUAUUCGAGACACAUCUCAAGACAAUGGACAUACAUGAACUGGAAAUCCUGCCGCAGCUUCUUAUGUGCGUGGGUUUUUUUAUGAUGUACCUCAUUGAAGAGAUCACACAUUACACAAUGCACAACUGCGGUUGCAAUGAUGGGGAUGGAAGUAAUCAUCACACCCACAACUCAACGCCGAAUUUGAGAGCGAGAGAUGACUUCUACCAGCCGAGUGCUGACUCGAAAAUUGUGCAAGAAAUAGUGGAGAAGCUGGACGAGAAGGCGACCAAUCUCACCUUCGACCAGAGGCAGAAGAUAAUCGACAGUGUGAGAAGAGCAGUCGCUGUCGAGUCGGUGGAACUCAAAUCGCAGAAAGCAGAUCAGCUGUCAGUGGCGAUUCCAGUGCGGGAAUCGGACAUGAGUCACGGUCAAGGUCAUGACCACAGUCACCUCGGUCAAGGUCAACAUGACCACAGUCAUCAUGAUCACAGUCACCUGCCCUUGGCAGCCGGCGGCUCAGCUAUGAGGAGUUUCCUUUUUGCACUGGCGCUUUCCAUCCAUGAGCUAUUCGAAGGAUUGAGCAUUGGGCUGCAAGAUACUAACAGCGCUGUAUGGUACAUGUUGAUCGGGGUGGGCGCACACAAGCUGGUGCUAGCAUUCUGUAUGGGCGUGGAGAUGGUGGGGCGAAGUGAGCCUGACCUGCAUAUCGCCUACUCGCUGAUGUUCGCCGCAGUCUCCCCGAUCGGCAUCGCUUGCGGCAUCACCCUCGCCACGGGCGAAGGCAUCACGGCAGCCGUCUUCCAGGGUCUCGCCUGCGGCACACUCGUCUAUGUGCUCUUCUUCGAGAUACUGCAGCGCAAGAGUCACGUGUCAGGGCUCGUCUCCUGCAUAUUUGUCAUCUGUGGGUUCUUCAUCAUGUUUGGACUGCAUUUCAUUGAAAUUGAAUAGAGCCUGACAAGAGAAGUGACUCGACGUUGGUUAGCUGAGUAUAUGAUAUUGAUAUACUCAGUUAUAAUCAUCAAUGUGUAACUAUACAUAUUUCUAUUACCAUUUGUGAAUAAUCAGAUAUUGCUGAUUUCUUUUACUGAUAAUUUUUUUAAAACAUCCCAAAUUUGUAUGAGGAGUUAGUAUGAGGGGUAAACCUCCUGUUACCUGUACAGGUAACAGGUAAACCUCGCGCUACCUGUACACUGGGCUAUUUUUCCAAAAAGGUUUAUCCUCCAACUCUCGACUAUCACACUCUAUUGUCUGAUUCUGCUUCAUUACCCUCAUUAGUGGCCGGAGUGGCCCCGUCUGCUUUCUUGAAGGCAGUUUUAGCUGGUAGGGACUCAUCUAUUACUUUGCACCUUACAUAUGUUACUUGUAUUUUCUAAAGUUUAUUAUUGAAUCUAGAUCAGUGAUCAAGUACUUGUUAUUGAAUUAUUCCCAAUGGUUGAUUUGAUGAAACUCAACUUGCUCACAAGCUGUAUACAGACUGACUUGAGUUACAUACAAUUCGUGGUUACACACCACGUGCGCUAUUCAUCAGCUGAUAUAAUAUAAUAUAUUUAUUUGUAUAAAUAUAAUAAUCAUAUAAUCGAAUAUCUAUAUAUGUAUAAUAUGAUAAUAUUAUAGCAUCGGCUAAUGGAAAGCGUGUGUUCGUGUUCAUCUACUUCGUCUCAUCAUGUACACUGAAUAUAAUAGGAGGUAAGGAUAAGUAUAAAAUAACUUAUUAGGACGUAUAAUCUAUAAAAUCAUAAUAAUACGUUCUUAGUCUAGCUAAAUGUGUACUUAUAAACGAUAGUAAUGUGUGUGUUAAUCCAAUCACUGUAGGCUACCACUGGUUUACUGCUGAAAAUGCCUUUAAGUAAUCAGACUGGUCCACCAAUUUAUUCCUCGGAGUGAAAUCCUUAACAAUAGACCACGAAAAUGUCGAAAUUCAAUAACAAUAGGCGACCACUGAAGGGUCACUAGAAAUUCUACCUGUUCAUUGAUUGUUUUCGGCGGCCCCGUCUCAUUUCUUUAACCCAGUAUGAGUUAUAUUCCAAAAAUCCGAAAGAUUCGAAGAUAGUACGUACUUGUAAGUACGUACAGUUAGUCGAUAUCGGGUAAGUACGUACUUGUGCUAUAGUGAGGUCCACGUUAUAAUGGCAGUGUUUGAUUAGUAAUGGUAUUGCUAUCCUUGUCAAUCAUUCAACAAAGCGGAUAGCGCUAUCUCUCUCUCUCGCUUUGCUCUGUUUCCAGAUCGUCUUUCAACAAUAUAGAAUUUACAAUUAAUUAACAAAAUAUUUCAUCUCAAUUGUGAAAAUUCGAAAUGAAAUUAUUGAAAAAUGUAAUUUCCUGCUCAAUAAAUAUAAUUGAUUUCUUUAAAUGGGAAUGAACAGUUAAUAUUACAUCAAUAAACCUGUAUCAGCUACCGUGAAUAGAAGGAGAUUGACCAGUUUUUGGAUCCCAUAAUUUGACAGCAGGAUGCUGAUUAUCUUUACUACCUCUGACACCACCAGUCCUUUCUGUGGAUGCCAGUGCACGCACUUCACAUCUGUACCAUGACCUGCAAUCAAUUUAUAUUUGAUACAGAACAAUUCAAUUGUUCAUGAGAACCUUGAAAAUAAAUUGGUAAGAGAACUGAAGUUUAUCAGGCAGAUAAUUAAAGAUAUGCGAAUUUCAAGACUGAGGAUCGACAACGUUGUUCUUCUAUCUUUCUUCACUGCCAUUUUAACGUGGACCUCACUAUAGUAGUGUAAAUGAGAUAGAAGUAUAAUGAAAGUCCUCCCUUCCAUUGAAGAAACUUAUUAUGAAUAGAUGGAUAACUAACGAAGAUGUCUAUUUUUUCAGUAUUGAUUCUGAGUAUACAGUAUAUCCUACGAAUUGAAUCUGUAUUACUAAUUUUCAAAUCUUUCCUAAUUUGUGUUCUAUUUUGUGAAAACUAUCUCUCACACUUUGAACUAUUCCGUAUAUGUUUGAUUUGAUUAGAUUAGAGUUCCUCAUUUAUGUUACAAUAUAUAAUGGCUGUAAUAACUGUUAUAGUUAUUCCAUAUGAACUUUAUCAUAAAUCUAUUUUAUACUUUA